ACGAAAAACGCAGCGCAGCAAACAAACUCAAUGCACAUUAUUAAAAUCAUAAACGUUUUGUAAGAAAAUUCGAGAAAAAAAAUUGCAAAAACCAUUCGAUAAACGCUAAAAAACUGUUUCAUAAAAAAUGGAUAUUGGUGAAUUGUUAUCGUAUAAGCCGGAACAAACACCGAAACGGCCGAAUGAAGAGCAACAAUCGGAUGGUGAGGAAGAGCAGAUGCCCGGGCAGAUGCCCGAAAGAAGUUCGAACGGUCAAUUGCGCAAAAAACAACGAAAAUUCGCUGGUCACUCAUCGAAUUUGGCAAAUGGUCGUAUUCAAGUGCAAAAGGAGCCCGAACUCACCGAAGAGGAACGACAAAAUAUUCUGCGCUAUGUGGAAGAAGAAGAAGCCAACGGUGAAACACUCGACGAGAAUGGACUACGAAAAAUGAUUUUAUUAUUUGAAAAACGAAAUUUAAAAAAUCAAGAAAUGCGAAUCAAGUUCCCCGACCAGCCCGAAAAAUUCAUGGAAAGUGAAAUCGAAUUACAUGCCGUCAUAAAUGAUAUGAAAGUAGUUGCAACCGUGCCCGAUCUCUAUCAAUUAUUGGUUGAACUGAAUGCUAUUCCAAGUUUGCUUGAAUUGUUGGCCCAUCAAAAUACGGAUAUUAGCGUUGCCGUUAUCGAUUUAAUUCAAGAGCUGACCGACGUUGAUAUUCUUCAUGAGAGUUUAGAAGGUGCCGAAAUAUUGAUAAGCAGUCUACGAAAGCAACAGAUUUGCGCUUUGCUCGUCCAAAACAUGGAUCGGUUGGAUGAAUCGGUUCGCGAAGAAUCGGAAGGUGUGCACAAUUCAUUGGCCAUUUUCGAAAAUUUAAUCGAAAUCCAUACGGAAAUCUGCAAAGAAGCAACCAGUCAAGGUUUACUGCAAUGGCUUGUAAAACGUUUGAAACAAAAGGGACCAUUCAAUCCAAAUAAAUUGUACUGCAGUGAAAUACUAUCGAUUUUGGUUCAAGACGAUGAUGAGAUGCGUUUGCAAUUGGGAACAUUCGACGGAAUCGAUAUUCUGUUGCAACAACUUGCCGUCUAUAAACGUCACGAUCCAACAUCAAAUGAGGAACAAGAGUAUAUGGAAAAUUUAUUCAAUUGUUUGUGCUCUUGUUUAAUGGCCAAAGAGAAUCGCGAUCGAUUCUUGAAAGGCGAAGGUUUGCAACUGAUGAAUUUAAUGUUGCGCGAAAAGAAACUCAGUCGAAAUGGUUCACUCAAAGUUCUCGAUCAUGCAAUGUCCGGCACAGAUGGCAAAGAAAAUUGCAAUAAAUUCGUUGAUAUUUUGGGUUUGCGUACAAUUUUCCCACUAUUCAUGACAACACCGAAAAAAAGUAAAAAACGAAUCAUCAGCGUUGAAUCGCAUGAAGAGCACGUUCUAUCGAUUAUCUCAAGUAUGCUACGAAAUUGCAAAGGUUCGCAACGUUCUCGAUUACUAUCGAAAUUCACCGAGAAUGAAUUUGAAAAAGUUGAACGUUUGCUCGAAUUGCAUUUGAAGUAUUUGGAAAAAGUGGAUGCGAUCGAUGCUGAAAUUGACGAAGAUAACGAAGAAGAAGAUGAAGUUUAUUUGAAACGUUUAGCGGGCGGUCUAUUUACACUGCAACUUAUCGACUAUAUAAUACUAGAAAUUUCAGCGACAUCCGAAACCAUCAAACAACACGUGGUCAAAAUUUUGAACCUAAGAAAGGCAUCCAUGAAACGCAUCCGACAUAUAAUGCGAGAGUACGCCGGUAAUCUGGGAGAGACGGAAGAUAAUGAAUGGCGCGACCAAGAACAACAGCACAUCAUUCAACUCGUUGAUCGUUUUUAAGACUUUGAUAAUUCUGAAUAAAACCUUGAAUCGUUCACUGAAAAUUAUUUAUAAAAAUAAAUAAACAAAAAUAAAGAGAAAAA